ACUUUUAUGAGUGCGCAUGCGUAGUAUACGUGUUUUGAUAUCUCAAUUUUUUCCGAAUUUACUCUAUAUUUUUCAAAAUUUCGUCAUAUUGCAGAAGACAGAUUCAAGAUGGCACACACAUUUCAACAAGAAUACAUGGAAAUGCCACCAAUUACUAGAGCUUAUACAACAGCUUGUGUAUUAACAACAAUCGCUGUUCAACUAGACAUUAUUUCCCCGCUUCAGAUUUACUUUAAUCCAGAUGCAAUAUUUUCAAAGUACCAGGUAUGGCGCCUUGUCACAAACUUCAUGUAUUUUGGUCCAAUUGGAUUUAACUUCCUCUUCAAUAUUAUAUUUGCAUACCGCUACUGUCGAAUGCUGGAGGAGGGGUCAUUUCGGAAUAAAACAGCUGAUUUCUUUUUCAUGAUUUUGUUUGGAUGUUCUUUAAUGAUUAUAUUAGGUUUUUUUGUAAAUAUAGUAUUUUUAGGUAGUGCCUUUACCAUUAUGUUAGUCUACUUGUGGAGUCGACGUAAUCCCUAUGUCAGAAUGAAUUUCUUUGGGUUGAUGACAUUCCAUGCACCCUAUCUGCCAUGGGUUUUACUUGGAUUCUCAGUUUUGCUUGGAAACUCUGUCAUAGUUGAUUUGAUGGGAAUUGCUGUGGGCCAUGUCUAUUACUUUUUGGAAGAUGUCUUUCCACAACAACGAGGAGGAUUUAAAAUUCUUAGAACUCCGUGGAUUUUGACCUACCUCCUAGAUGGCCCCCCUGAAGAUCCCAACUACAACCCCCUCCCUGAGGAUCGGCCCGGGGGAUUUAACUGGGGGGAGGCCCAAAGACCAGCCCAACAAGAUGGCGAAAAUUGACAUCAACAUUUAUCUAGUCUUACAUUUUACUCAAAUAACAUUGUGAGAAAAGAGUUGGAAAAUUGGGAUACGACAUUUUAUGAGAGUGGGAAUAGUGCAAAAGCUUUCAGAGUGAGGAUCAUGUUUGCAAUUGCCAACAUAUUUGUCUGAUGUACAUGUGCAAUAUAUGUGCACUUGAGGGGAUGCUUUAACUUUUAUUCUGUGAUAGAUCUGGUCUCAUUGGUAAUUCAUACAAUGCCCAAUUUUUGUCCAUUAUUUAAAUUAGCACAGGUCACGCACAGUUUUCCUCUGUCCAUUUCAGCAUUUUAAUAUGAAAUACCAUUCAACUUUCAUUGGGUAAUUUACAAGGUUUUCAUAUAUUGUCUUUUUUGUCACUUCAAAAUUUUACUAUGUCCAGUUUAGUAUGCUCCUUGGUUACAUGUAUUGUUUCUGUAGUUUCAUACUUGUACAUAUCAAUGAAUAUUUGAAAUACACGUAGAUAUAAAAUGCUUUUCUCUAGAACUAUACAGGAAUGUUAAUUUUUUCAAAAGAAAUAUAAUUGGUAAGAGGAAAAAAACAUUGAAUUUUGUUGACUAAUCACUGUUUUGAUACAUCAUGACAUUCUGUACAUUUGAGUAUGUACAUGUAUAUAAUAUAUUAAGUUGAUUAAUAAAUCUAGCUAUUUUGAGAA